AUAGAUUGCUUACAACAUGAACAGAAUUGCAUAUAUACAAGUUCAUGCUAUAUAUUUUCCGAAAAACGUUGAUGCUAUAUACCUACAAUUUGCAUACACAAGUAGGCCCAAGUCAAGAAAGACCAAAUGGGUCCUUUCUAAAAAGCAAUAAUUCCACAACGCAGUCAACAAAGAACCAAAAGGCAACACACACAUUCUCUCUUACUCGGUCACUUUCACAUCACCAAAACAAACAUCAAAAACAGAACAAAUCAAAGGAUGGAACAAAAAUGAAGGACCAAUCAAUAAAAAUGUCAAGAACCACCCUUCAACCAUACUCUACUCAGAUGACCAAAACCCUCCUACCUCUAAUCAAUCCCUCUCCUCUCCUCUUCCUCUUCUCUCUCUUCUCUCUCCUCACCACCAGCCAUGUCAAAGCUCACAUCUUCAUCUAUGCUGGCUGUUCUCAAGAGAAGUACCAACCCAACUCGCAGUUCGAGGCCAACCUCAACUCUUUACUAACAUCUGCGGCCAGUUCCUCCCAUCAGGCCACUUACUACGGCUUCGCAAUCGGAAACGAUAGCUCGGUGGAAGCAUCCGUAUAUGGACUCUACCAAUGCAGAGGUGAUUUGAAGACGAGCGAUUGCUCGCUAUGCAUCGAAAGCGCGGUGGGGCAAGUGAGUUUGGUGUGUCCGUACGCUUAUGGGGCUAGUUUGCAACUAGAUGGGUGUGUGAUAAGAUUCGAGCACAUAGACUUUUUGGGGAAGUUGGACACGAGUGUUAAGUACAAGAAGUGUAGCAAGAGUGUGAGCAACGACGUUGAGUUCUUCAAACGGAGAGACGAUGUUCUCGCUGAUUUGCAAGCCGCGGUAGGGUUUCGGGUGAGUAGUUCGGGUUUGGUGGAGGGUUUUGCGCAGUGUUUGGGUGAUUUGAGUGCUGCGGAUUGCUCUUCUUGCCUUGCGGAUGCUGUUGUGAAGUUGAAGAGCUUGUGUGGGUCUGCUCAGGCAGCUGAUGUGUUCUUGGCACAGUGUUAUGCUAGGUACUGGGCUUCUGGUUACUAUGAUUCUUCAGAUUCUUCCGACGAUGAUCAAGCCGGAAAAACUGUAGCCAUGAUUGUAGGCAUACUGGCUGGGGUAGCAGUGGUGAUCGUUCUUCUCUCAUUCUGCCGGAAAGCACUUGGUGAAGUUGAGAAGUUGGGAAUUGGAGGAUGUGUACAAGGACCCACAUGUUUGUUUCAAUAUUAUCUUGUGGCAUAAAGUAACACUAAAAUCUCUACAGUCCACACCCUUCAAAGGGCUGUUGAUUCCCUUGAUGUUGCACAUCAUUAUACCCAUUACCCUACUUUUUCAUAUUUUAUGUCUAAAGCUAUAUUUUGCAUACGAGAGUUACAUGAAGUUAACAAUUGGAUCUUCUGUUU